AUGGCAAAAGCAUACACUCAGAAUGAAUUUGAUAGUCUAAUAGAAAAGGUGGAGAAUGUAGAUAUUUGGGUGCAAGAAUACUUGAAAUUAGCUGGGUACGAAAAGUGGGCUAGGUUAUAUGCACUUGUUAACCGUGGAUGGACCAUGACGUCAAAUAUUGCUGAAUCAAUCAAUGCCACACUUGUAUUAGCAAGAGAAUUACCAGUAUACGACAUCCUAGAAGAAGUUAGGAAGAUGUUUGGACGUUGGAAUUGCAGCAAUCGAAAAGAAGCUUCACACACUUACACAACGCUUGGGAAAAAUACCAGGAGAUGCUUACUUUGGAUGAGGCAAUAUCUACACGUUGUACCAUCGACUGAACACUUGCAUAUGGUGAACGAUGAAGGAAGGCAUUACACCAUUUGCCUCUUAGAGAAAAAAUGCAGUUGUAGGCGGUUCCAAGUUGACGAAUUACCAUGCCCACAUGCUUGGGCUGUCUUGAAAAGCAAGCUUCUAAUGCCGGAAGAUUAUUGCUCGGACUAUUACAAACCAAAGACCGUUAUAAUGACAUACGAGGUGCCAGUGUAUCCACUGCUCGACCGAAGUGAAUGA